AUGAGUUUUUGGUGGGGUCAGAGUGCCAUCGACGAACUUGUUGAAAAAGCGACUUCUGAGUUCCUUCCAGCUGGUCAGGUUGAUCUAGCACUUCAUCUCGAGAUUAGUGAUCACAUAAGAAGCAAAAAAGUGACUGCAAAGGAUGCUAUGCGUUCUUUAAAGCAACGUCUACAUCAUAAAAAUCCUAAUGUUAUAUUAGCUACCCUUUCUUUAGUUGAUACUUGUGUAAAGAAUAGUGGGCCUGCAUUUGUAAAAGAAGUAGCUACUAGAGACUUUAUGGAGGAAAUGACUCAUUUUCUAAGAAUUCCUACUGGAUGUAACCAUGAUGUAAAAGAAAAAGUAUUAUAUCUUAUUCAAGUUUGGGGGAUUGCAUCAAAAGGAAAUAGCUCUCUUAGUUAUAUUUUUGGUACUUAUCAACUUUUACGUGCUGAAGGUUAUCGAUUUCCACCAGUAACAGAAAAAAUUGACCCUAUAUUACUCGAAACCGCAGUUGCUCCUGAUUGGACAGACUCUGAUUGUUGUGAACGCUGUAGAACUGCUUUUACUUUAACAAAUAGAAAGCAUCAUUGCCGACAUUGUGGUCAAACAUUCUGCCAGCAAUGCUCGUCUAAAAGCCUUCCUUUACCUCAUCUUGGAAUGAAUGAUAUUGUUCGUGUCUGUGAUGGGUGCUAUAUUAAAGUUAAACUGGCCAAAGUUGCCGAUAAGGUGACGGUACCUAAAUUAUUAGGGAUCUCAAAACCAGCUUCAAUCUCCUCUUCUUUAACUCCAAAUUAUACACCUUCAAUUAAACAUAAAUUUGAUUCAAACAACCCAGCUACUUCUAAUAGUAUUUCAAAUACAAUCAAUAAUUCUGUAGAUAAACAGUUUGAGGAUGAUCUUAAAAAGGCUAUUGAGUUAUCAUUGAAAGAAUCUGAGCAACCUCAAAAGAAAGUGAGUUUUAACUAUGAUAAUCACUUUACUUCUUCAGUCAAUUAUGAAUCUAGCUUACUUGACACUACUAAUAAAAAAAGUCAAGAAGAGGAAGAAGAAGAUAUUCAUAUUGCAGCUGCUAUAGCUGCUUCACUUGAGGAUAUGAAGCUUUCGUCUAAAAGCCAUCCUUAUUCAACCAUUCAACAAGAUACUUUAUCUAUUACAGAUAUAGAGAAUAUACAAACAUUUUCGACACUUAUUCAACACAUCUAUUCAACAGGGAGUGAUGCAUCCAAGGAUACUCAAAUCAGUCAUCUUUAUUCUCAAAUUGGUGCAUAUCAGCCAAAGUUAGUCGAAGCUUUAAACCAAGUUAGUCAAAAACAUGAUUUGUUUGUCGAUAUACACACAAAGUUAAAUAAAGCUGUAAAGGCUUAUGAUAAAUUAAACUAUGCUACUACUCAGCAUAUAGCGAGAACAUCUUAUCCAACUUAUUAUAUAAAUCAAGCACAACAACAGCCGCAAUUUUCCUCUACUAUCUCUGCUAAUUCCUUUUCCUCUUAUCCUCCAGCAUCUACAUCAUUUCCUCUUCAACAGCAACAAACUACUUAUUCUCAACAUUUACAAACACCCAUUAUUCAGCCUCACCAGCAGCAACAAGUGCCAAUAACUCCAAUAUACCAACAACCUCAAGCGCCUAAUCAUUCAUCAUUGCCAUAUCCAUAUUCACAGCAACAAACCUGUGUUCCACAAGAAGAGUUGCAAACAUUAUAUCAUAUACCUUCAACCGCUAAUAAUAAGGUAUAUUACAAGCAACAACCAGUUGAUGAGGCUCCUUUAAUCGAACUUUAA